AUGCGGACCGGUCGUCGGAUCACCACCGCCAGCCUGCUCGUUCUCGCGACAGAUGCCCUGCUGGUUGGUUGGGGCCCCAGCGCGCUCGUGCUCGUGCGCGCCACGCGCGACUUCGACGGUCCCGCUGGCUUGAUGCCCCAGGUCGUCCUGGAGACCGAGGGCGUUAUCCUGCACGACACGGACGUCCGCGGUGUCCUCAGAUGCAGCGCCGGGUGUCCCCCGGACGCGGGGUUCGACACCGCCGUGGAGGUCGAGUACCGCGGACGCACGAGCCGCAUCCUGCCGAAGAGGUCCAUGUCGAUCGAGACGUUCGCGCACCCGCUCGACGGCGCGCACGACACAAGGCAGGACGUGAGCCUGCUCGGGAUGCCAGCGCACGACCGGUGGGUGCUGCACGGGCCGUACCUCGACCAUACCCUCGUGCGCAACGCGCUCUCCUUCGACCUCGCCGCCGCGACGGGGCAGUGGGCCCCGCGCGCGCGGUUCGUCGAGCUGUUCGUCGCGCAGGGCGCAGCGACGCUCCUGCACCAACCUGCACAGCAAGGGCAGGGCGCCCAGGCCGGGGAGUACAUGGGCGUGUACCUGCUCUGCGAGAAGCCCAGCGCGGGCCUCGCGCGGGUGCCGCUCGGUCGCGACGGCGCGCUGCUGGAGGCGCACAACGUGGUGUCUGACAGCAACUGGGAGAUGCUGUGCAACGCAACGCCGGGCUGCCGGGACGCGCCGCCGCCGACGGCGGGCUCUGCGCUGUCGUCGCUGCAGAACCUCGCGGGCGCGUUCACGGGCUGGUUUUCGCGCAGCACGCGCGCCUUGCUGGGCAGGCACACCAGGACGGUCGAAAUCGGCCCGACGGCGUUCGAGAUCAAGUUGCCGAGAGGUCAGGAGGCAGCCGACGCUGCGGCUGUCUGGGUGGACAAGUAUCUGCGGGACACAGACGACGCGGUGCUCGCACAGACGGGGAACGAAGGCUGUGGGCUCACACGCGCGGGGUGGUUCGGGGCCCCGGCCGCAUCGGGAGGGUGCGCCGAGGAACGCGGCGGGAGGUGGCGCGAGCUCCUCGACAGCGGCUCCCUCGUCGACUACGUCCUCCACGCGGAGCUCAUUCAAAACGGCGACGCAUACAUAUCCUCCACCUACAUGUCGCUCGCCUCGGAGUCCGGCCCGCUGCGCUUUGGGCCCGUCUGGGACGCGAACAUCGCGAUGGGGAACGACCAGAAGCUGCCCAGCACCGCCGCGGGCCUGUCGGGGCGAGGGUCGGGCCUGCGCUUCGCAGACCCCCCCACGCUGAGCCUGAGCCGGGUCGCGCGGUGGAUCCACGCGCUGUAUCAGGAACGCGGCUUCCGCGCGGAGCUGCAGCGGCGGUGGCGGGCCCUGCGCGCGGGCGCGUGGAGGGACGAGGCGCUCGUGGCCAUGGUCCGGCGACGUGCGGCCGAGAUCGGCCCGGACGCCGCGCGGGACAACGCGGAGCGCUGGCCGCCCGCGCAGGUCUGGAGCGGCAUCCCGCAGGUCCGCCCGAAGAGCUACGCGGGCUCGUGGGCGCAGGAGGUCGCCUUCCUGGAGAGCUGGCUGCGCAGACGGGCAGCCUGGCUGGACGCGAACCUGUGA